AUGGAGGGCAAAGAUUCAAGCCUCCCCCUAGUGGGCAAGCUGCAGUUCUGGUACCAGCAUUUCGUGAAGGGCGAGGACACCUUCGAGGACAGUUUGAAACCGGUGGCUGCGGUUGCCACCGUCGAGGAGUUCUGGGCAUACUAUCAACACUUCAAGAGACCCACCGAGCUGCCGGUGGGAGCCUGCAUCUACCUCUUCAAAGAGGGAAUAAAACCCGAAUGGGAGGAUGAGCACAACGUCAAUGGCGGCUCCUUCGUGCUUCGGUUCGAGAAGAGCAAGGUCAACAGAUUGUGGGAGGACGUCCUGCUGGCCCUAAUCUCAGCGAAGGCGGAAACCUUGGCCGAGAUCAGCGGAGUGAGGGUGAAGGUGAGAAAGGAAUUAGCGGAAAUCGAUUUCUGGGUGGGGAGCGCUGAGGAAGCAGCCCUGGAGAGGUGCAGGAGGUGGAUCAUCACCAUCACCGCACUCGAGAAUGAAACGCCCAUAGAAUUCAUCCCCUUCUACAGCGAACAAUGA